AUGGCGGACAACGCCAGCACCAAGCAGCAGGCGCCAGCGACGGCCAAGAACGGCGCUUUGGAGGAGGAGCAGCUUGAGGAUAUGCUCUACCAGUUGGACCAGCUGAGGCGGCUUCGCUCGGCGCUUCCGCGCAUGUUGGAACCUCUGAUGGUCAAACAGCCGUCGCCCCAGGCUGCUUAUGCCGCCUACAUGCAAUCCGUUGAGAGCACCCACAAAGAGGUGUCGAGUUUCCAGGAGGCGAUUCUUCGCCUGCAGACUGACGGCGUCCUCAACAGGGCACGUACUGGCCAAAAAAAUCUCAAGGGCCUCAAGCAGUGGCGUGCCUCCGAACACCCCGACUGGGCCGAUUCGGAUCGAAAGCGACGUCGAAUUUCUUAG